AUGGAAGCCCUCAAUGCAGUAGGCUUGACACCCAUCUCUGUUCUUUCAGACAAGAGAAUAGAACCCAGAAAAAGUCUUUCACUCCCCAUUAUAUCUCCAUGUAAAUCCCCAAAUUUUGCAAAUUAUAAUCCCAGCCCACCAAAUAUUUCAAAGGUCUUUCCAAGGAGUACUGUUCAUGGUGGUCUAGUGCUUCUAUCUUCUGUUCUAAGCACUGAAUUUGCUAGAGCACUGACAUAUGAAGAAGCAUUACAGCAGUUAGUAGGCACUUCCACUUCUUCUGGGAGUUCUUAUGACUUUGAUUUUAGUGGGUUUCUUGAUAGUGCUAUAAACUUUGGAGUGGAGAAUCCUACGGUUAUAGCAGGUGGUGUGGCCAUUUUGGCCUUGCCUCUAGUUUUAUCUCUGGUAUUCAGUAAGCUUAAGCCAUGGGGAGUUGAGUUUGCUAAGACGGCUUAUGCAAAACUGGGUGAUGAUGCCAAUGCCCAGUUGCUUGAUAUAAGAGCACCA